UUCUGCCCGAUCGGAACCUUGUAAGCCAGCCAGAGAACGACAAAGGAAUGGUCAUCAAGACCACGUGACGUCCCGAGCUCUCCCAGGAAGUUUUGCAAUUGCUCGCUCAGCCCAUCCCCAAUUCGCGCCAUUUCCGACGAAACGACGACGACGACAACCACGAAUUCCAACCCCCAGCCUCGGAACGUGUCAAUCGAUCCUCCUCCAAAAUGAAGUACUCGCUCGCCCCCUUCAUCCUUCGUAGGCCGUGGCUCGCCCGCCUCUUCAAGCCCGCCGCUACCUGGUACGUCAACGCCGCCGGCUACCGCCAGCUGGGCCUCAAAUACGAUGAUCUCCUCGAGGAGGAGAACGAAGUUGCCCAGCAGGCCCUUAAGCGUCUCUCCAACGUUGAGUCUUAUGAGCGCAUCUACCGCAUCCGACGUGCUGUUCAGUGCAGUUACCAGCAUAAGCUCCUCCCCAAGGACCAGUGGAUCACCACCGCCAUGGACAAGCCUUACCUCCAGCCCCUGAUGGAGGAGGUCGCCUCCGAGAAGGCCGAGAAGAACGAGCUCGACUCCAUUGCCGUCGUCCGAAAGCACUAAAUCAUUGUUGGGUCUCGGGUUGGGAGAUCAGAAGGGGGAGGUUAAAUAGUAGCAGGACGGUGAUUGAGAGGGAAUUGGCGCCUCCUAGAAGAAUGGUGGCCACACCUCAACGGACUAGACAGUUCCCGUGUAUCCUAUGUAUAGACGUCGUCUGACUUGACUCAUUUUGCACAA